UUGAUUCAGUUCCAGCGUACGAAUAAAUUCCUUGCCGAACAUUAUUUUUCAUAGAAACAAGUGCUAUUUGACAUAAUUGUGAAUCAUCGUGAGAGAUGCUGCACAAACUACUAGUUUUGCUUAUUUUUCUAUCAUGUUACAAAUCUGUGGUGUGUCAAAAGCCGACCGAACCAAAACCAGCAACGGAAUCACCAUCUACUACAAUUGGAAUAGCUCAUACUCAAACGCAAGAUAAAGAGACCGACAACGUAGGAUCAGACCUGGAUGGAAUGAAACAGUUGUUCAAUGAUACAUUGGCAUAUUACGACAAACGAAUUAGGCCGCGUAUCAACCAGUCUCAGAUAAUUAAAGUCAAUACCACGUUCGUCCCACAGAGCGUGCUAGAGUUCGACACAUCCGAACAAAAAUUUUCUGUCCUUGGCUACUUCAUUAUAGAAUGGAAAGACGAAGUAAUAACUUGGAAACCUGAAGACUAUGCUGAAACAAACAACAUCAAAGUACCUAUCAGCGACAUUUGGACGCCAAGUCUAAUCAUUUUAAAGGCUUUUGAUGGAGACGGCGUUGUUGGCAGUUCUAAGACGGACAUUUCAAAAAUCUGGUCUGAUGGCUCUGUUCAGUGGGUUCCUGAAGGCAUAUACAGUGUUGUCUGUCACGUGGACAUCAAAUAUUAUCCAUUCGAUGAACAGACAUGCACAGUUACAUAUUACGUGUCGGACGAAACCAUAGCAACCGUUAUGUUAGACCACCCUAGUGACGUCACAUUAGACGAGUAUACCGAAAAUUCAGCAUGGAAGAUCACCAGUCUUUCAAAGAAGCGAUAUCUGCUGUAUAACACUUAUCAUUUAGAUGUGGAAUUCAAACUUCAACGAAGAGCAAACUUCGCCACAUUUACACUGAUCAUGCCUUUACUUAUGCUGGCCUUUCUGAAUAUCUGUAUAUUUUUGGUCCCUGUUGGGUCUGGUGAGAAAGGUUCUUUUGCUAUCACAAUCUUUCUCUCGUACGGUAUCUUUGUUACAAUCGUCAGUGAUACUCUUCCUGAUAACUCCCUCCAAAUCUCCUACUUCCUUCUAUUCAUCAUCGUCCUCUUGUUUAUGAGUGUCCUGUCAGUUCUCUACACUAUCAUCCAGGCAAAACUGAUGGCGAGCAUUGGCGAUAAAGAAUGUACCAUCAACUGUCUGCGUCCUAAGAAGCGUUCCACAAACAAGCUCAUGCCAUUUGAUCCGACAAAGGGCUAUGCGGAUGCUGACAACGAUCCUUCAGUGACUUCAGUAGAUAUAGGGGACGAACCUGAUGGUGUAUACACGUGGGGAAUGUUCCUGGAAAAACUUGAUGUGAUUCUGUUCGUAAUUUUUUUUGCGCUGAUUGUUCUCUCAACAGCUGGAUUUUUCAGCCUGAUGCUUCAGAGGGUCAGCGAAACAGGUUUGAGUGAGAUAUAAUUGUCAUAAACGAUUUGUCUGUGUUUGAUUUGAUAUUUAUUUUUCAUUUGUUUAAACCUUUCUUUUCAAGAUAUAUAGUCCAUUUAACUUGGUAUGGAAGAUUCGUUAGGUAUUGACAUUUUGCAUGGUCUGUUAUUGUUGUUAUGCAAUAUAUAUUUUCCUGAAAACGAGGAGCUCCCUUAUACCGCACAAGUAUAAAUGUCUGUAUGCAAUAUAGGACGUUUGAAAGUAUGUUUCCUUUAGCUGCUGUGGUCUUUGAAUGAGCACAUGAAGGUUUCUACACUUUGUAAAAAUCAUUUGUUAUUCACUUGAUUCUCACCACUAACAUUACUUAUAUACUUUACACAAUAACUGUUACUUUUGAUUCAUUCGUAAGAA